AUGUUUGUCUACAAGCGCAAUGGGCGCACUGAACGCGUCCAGUUCGACAAAAUCACAGCCCGUGUCUCCAGACUGUGCUACGGUCUAGACCCGGAGCAUGUCGAUGCCGCCGCAAUUACGCAGAAAGUCAUCUCUGGCGUGUAUCAGGGCGUAACAACAGUCGAGCUUGACAACCUGGCCGCCGAAACAGCAGCUUACAUGACCGUCACACAUCCCGACUAUGCCAUUUUGGCGGCACGCAUCGCCGUCUCGAAUCUCCACAAACAGACAAAGAAGCAGUUCUCAGCUGUAAUAUCUGACCUUUACCACUACAUCAAUCCGAAGAAUAAGAAGCUGUCUCCAAUGAUAUCGAAGGAGACCUACGAUACCGUCAUGAAGCACCAAGAGGAGUUGAACUCGGCAAUCGUUUACGAUCGAGACUUUCAGUAUCAAUAUUUCGGCUUCAAGACCCUAGAGCGGUCUUACCUUCUCCGGAUAGACGGCAAGGUUGCCGAACGUCCUCAACACAUGAUCAUGCGGGUGGCUGUUGGCAUACAUGGCGAGGAUAUUGAGAGUGCCAUUGAGACAUAUAACUAUAUGUCGAAUAAGUACUUCACCCACGCCUCACCGACACUGUUCAACGCAGGAACUCCCUCGCCACAGCUGGCGUCAUGCUUUCUUAUCGACAUGAAGGAAGACAGCAUUGAGGGCAUCUACGAUACGCUCAAGACAUGUGCCAUGAUUUCGAAGACUGCUGGCGGUAUCGGCUUGAAUGUCCACCGUAUCCGGGCCACAGGAUCGUACAUUGGCGGUACGAACGGUACCUCCAAUGGUCUCGUCCCAAUGCUUCGGGUGUACAACAAUACCGCACGAUACGUCGAUCAGGGUGGAAACAAGCGACCGGGGGCUUUCGCUAUCUACCUUGAACCGUGGCAUGCGGAUGUGUUCGCCUUCCUUGACUUGAGGAAGAACCACGGAAAGGAGGAGGUUCGUGCUCGCGACCUAUUCUACGCCCUGUGGAUACCCGACCUCUUCAUGAAGCGCGUCGAGCAGAACGGCAACUGGACUCUCUUCUGUCCGAAUGAGGCUCCAGGUCUGGCGGAUGUCUACGGCGACGAGUUUGAAGAGCUCUAUGCGAAAUAUGAAGCAGAAGGCCGUGGUCGCGAGACUGUUCGUGCCCAAAAGCUCUGGUACGCCAUUUUAGAGGCGCAAACAGAGACCGGCAACCCUUUCAUGCUCUACAAGGACGCAUGCAAUCGCAAGAGCAACCAGAAGAAUCUUGGCACCAUCCGGAGCUCCAAUCUUUGCUGCGAGAUUGUUGAGUAUACUGCACCUGACGAGGUCGCCGUCUGCAAUCUUGCAUCGAUCGCUCUUCCGACCUUCGUUGACAUCAACGAGGGAGAAUUCAACUUCGAAAAACUGCACGAAGUUACUCAGGUCGUUGUCCGCAACCUCAACAAGACUAUCGAAGUCAAUCAUUACCCAGUCGAAGAGGCCAGGCGUAGCAACUUCCGGCAUCGUCCCAUCGGUGUUGGUGUUCAAGGUCUGGCUGACGCCUUCCUUGCACUUCGUCUUCCGUUCGACUCCCCUGAGGCCAAGCAGCUGAAUAUCCAGAUAUUCGAAACUAUCUACCAUGCCGCUUUGACUGCUUCCUGCCAGAUUGCAAAGAACCUCGGUCCGUAUUCGACCUACGAGGGUUCGCCGAUUUCGAAAGGGGAACUGCAAUACGAUAUGUGGGGUGUGAAGCCUACCGACCUCUGGGACUGGGCUUCUCUCAAGGAGCAGAUCGCCGAGCACGGCGUCCGCAACAGCUUGCUCGUGGCUCCCAUGCCUACAGCCAGCACCUCUCAAAUCCUCGGCUUCAACGAGUGCUUUGAGCCAUACACCUCGAACAUCUACUCCCGCCGUGUACUUGCUGGCGAGUUCCAAGUCGUCAACCCCUGGCUCCUCAAGGAUCUCGUGGACAUGGGUCUCUGGUCAGACAACAUGAAGAACCGCAUCAUCGCGGACGGCGGCUCCAUCCAGCGCAUUCCCAACAUCCCAGACGACAUCAAAGCGCUCUACAAGACCGUCUGGGAAAUCAGCCAGCGGACUAUUGUCCAAAUGGCUGCCGACCGCGGCGCGUUCAUCGACCAGUCUCAAUCUCUGAACAUCCACAUGAAGGAGCCAACGAUGGGCAAGAUUACCAGCAUGCACUUCGCGGGAUGGAAACUAGGUCUCAAGACCGGCAUGUACUAUCUCCGUACGAUGGCCGCCUCUGCUCCCAUCCAGUUCACGGUCGACCAGGAGGCUCUCAAGGUGGCCGACACCAACGUCGCACGCGCUCUUGGCGCAAAGAAGCGGCCGAUCGCUCCAGCGGGCUAUGGUUCGACACCAUCCGCCGUGCCCAGGCCCAUGUACAUGCAAAAGACGCCGCCGACGACGACGCCAAACGGUGUGCCUACCCCUUCGUCCACCCCACCACCUCAGGUCUCGGAGAACAAGCGCGUAUCCAUUUCGCCUAAGAAGGAUGCCAUUUCAGCGCCGGCGUUCAAGGCAGAUAUCCCGGAGGGCGAGAGCCCGAAAGUGCUUGCGGCUGAGCCGGACGAGAUCGCGCCGAAGGAAGAGGAGCUGCCUGAGGCGGCUGUUGAUGCCAAGAAGCAGAAGGAGGAUCUGGAUGAGGAGAGUAAGGGAAGGGAGGGUGAUAUCUAUGCAGAUGCGGUGCUGCAGUGCAGUAUUGAGAACAAGGAGGCUUGUAUUAUGUGCAGUGGUUAG